AUGCACUCCGCCCAGGAUGAACUACUCAACAUCGGGCUAGCGUCGCUCCUGUUGGUUUUGACCAUCAAACUGGUUCGGAUCAAAGGUGAGGGCGAGGACGAAGCCGAGAGAUUAAACAAAGUUGUUGAGGGCUUGCAAACGACGUUGGAAAGAACCAAAACCAAGCUUGAGGAGCUUGCCCUAAAUGAGACACCAGCAAUUGCCUCAGCUAUCUCGCUAAAGAAGGGCAAGGAAGAAAUCUUACAAGAGCAGAUUCUUCAGAUCAUCCGGAGGGGCUUUGAGCAAGAUAUCGUUUCCAAGAAUGAAGUGUCAGUGCAGAAAGAACAGAAGCUGAAUUCAGAAAUGGACAUUGCAACACCCACUUCAACAGUGAAACCGAAAAUGAUUUGA